AUGUCAGUAGCGAAUGCGAUGAAUCUAUUUGAUAUCCUCAAGGGAGAGGAUUCUGGACAACCUGUUAAGCGCGUGGUUGUUCACCGAGUAGGUCAGUGUGUUGGCAAAAAGGAUUUGCCAAUCUAUUUGCCGGACUUUUGGGUAACCCAGCAUAACCGCAGCCACAAUCUACUGAAUGGUGUAAUCGUUGUCCGUGAGGAUUUUCCAAACGGUUGGCAGCCUACGGCUUCGGUGAAAAAGUGCGAUAGUUUUCAGGCCUCAGCAAGCUGUCGACCGUUUUUGGACAAUUUGGCUUCCUCCGAUGCGUGCAGUCUGCUGGCAGCAUCGGAUGCUGUCUACGCCAAGUACAUGUCAUCAAUCGAACCCAAACUGCGUUGUCCGCUGAGGAAAGGGAAUUACACGGUAAAACAACUGAUAUAUGAUGACGUGACCAGAUUUAUGCCCGGAGCCGGAAGCACUUACUGGGAGGUACGGAGUACUGGCAAAAUAGGUGAUCGCAUGGUGGUGUGCUUCGUUAUCCAGUUGAAUGUUCGCCCGCGAAAAGCGAAGGGAUCUAGUGGGCAGUGA